UCUCAUAGAGCGAUCGAGAAAACGACCGCCGGCGAAGAGAAACUCUUUCACCAGAUUCUUUCUUCUUCUUCUUCGAAAAAAAAACAAAACGAUGGGGGAGAAGCCAGGUUUUGAAUUCCGUCCGUACGACGAAGAACUCGUGGGUUACUAUCUCCGUCACAAGAUUCUGGGAAACGAUAGUCUCGUCGACGGAGUCAUCAAAGAGAUCAAAAUCUGCAGCUUCGAUCCCUGGGACUUGCGCUUUGAAUCGAAGAUAAAAUCGAGAGAUCUGGUUUGGUACUUCCUGUCCCGUAGAGAAGAGAACGUGGGGAGUCGACAGAGCAGGAGGACGCCUUCUGGGUUCUGGAAACUCACCGGAGAUCCCGUUGAUGUCAACGAUCGGUGGGGACACCUGUCUGGAUUUCGAGGUAAGAUUGGUUAUAAGAGGGGUUUAACAUUCGGCAAGGGGAAAAGCAGCAGCAGCAGCUCCAAAUCAGACUGGGUGAUGCACGAGCUUCACUACACCCUCUUGCCUGAACACAAUAGGACCUAUGUCAUCUGCAGAUUGGAAUAUAAAGGUGAUGACGUGAACAUCUUGUCUGCAGAUCCCACUCCCACUUUUGCUCCCACUAUGGACAAUAGUGCCAGCUCUGUGGUGGACCAAUCAUCUCAUGGGAAUUCAGGAUAUUACAACACUUUGUCCGAGUAUGAUUCAGGGUAUCAGGGACAUCAGUUUAACGGAAACUAUGACGCACAGCCAUCAUUUCAAGGAUAUUCAGAAUAUUUCAACUCUACCUCGGAGUAUGAUUUAGCUAAUGGAAGCCACUGGUUUAGCAACCUACAACAACAACAACAACAAGCCCCUUACUCUGCCCCAUAUCAGGAUGAUUCUGAUGUGUGGAAGCAGGUUGUUCAAGAAAACUGGACCUCUUUGGUCGAUGAAAGGACAUACAUGCGAGAAGAUUCCAGCCAUUACCGUCCUAAAGAUCCUGUUACUGGGAUUUUUCCUGAUGAUAGCAGUGAUGAUGACACUGACUCAACGAUUGGGAGAGACACUUGGAGCUCGACCGAUAGUGUUGGUAGUAAAGAUGUACCAUACCAUACUCCUAAAGAUGAUACUCCAUCAUUGAGUUCUGUUGUGCCUUUGCACAAUCCUGAGCCACAAGAGCAGCCAAAGCAGCUGAAGUUGCAAUUGCAGGGCGAAGAAAAGAAAAGCGAAUGCGAGUGGAAAAUGGCGGAAGACUCGAUCAAGAAGGUUCCAUCCACCACUGCAGUGAAUAAAAGCUGGAUUGUUCUAGAGGAGAUGAGUCAGAGGAAUUCACGUUGGGUCCAUUUCAACAACAUGCUCAUUGGUAUCUUAUUGUUCAUCUCCAUCAUUGUCUGGAUCAUUCUGGUUGGCUAGGUGUUCAAAAUCCGGUUUCUGCCCACAAGUUUCUUUCUUUCUUGUCUUCUGUAUUUUUUGUUUAUUUGUUUAGUUGCUCUGUUUUCUUGCUUGUAUGAAGUUGUACAAUUAUGUGUCUGGGAAAAAGAAAAAGAAAAUAGAGGUAUAAAAGAAGUAUGUAGAGAAAUAAAUAAAAAAGGUAUGUAUCAUUUUGUGGUGUAGCUUUUUUGUAUAGUACUAAUAGAUCAAAAGAUUCUGCCUAAAGAA